CUUACAGUCAGCAGCUUUGAUUUGGGUGACAAACAAAAAAGAUGGGUUGUGAUUGGAAUCACAUUAAAUAGGCUUCUAUUACCAGUUCUCCGUGACUUUGCGGGCAAGGAACUUGCUAAACACUACACAUCAUUGAAGAGCUCCAGUGGAAUAGAUAAACAGGUUUAUUCCACUCACAUGAAGAAAGAUGGUUCAUUUGAUUUAAACUAUGGCAGCAUCAACAACAACUGGGGAAGAUUCAAGAGGAAAGUGCAACUAUAUGAUUAUAAAGUGGCGUCUGCUGAGAAUCUGGCCAAACUUUACCUUGAACCACAUAUGGCCAAAUUUACAGGUAAAUGAUUAGUUACGAAAAUUGGCGGCAAUUUCGCAACGUAAUUGGCCGAUUUGCCAUCGUCGAUAAGAGUACAAACAACGCUGCUUGCGUCAACGUGUCACGCAAUGUCUUUACAAGCUGUCAAACAUGGGUGACUUGGACAUUUUGAUAUUGUGGAAAAAAACAAACUGAUAGUGGUUAGGCGUGGUCUGUACUCUUAUCGACAACGAUAUUCGUCAUCACAGUCAAAAUUUGUCGCUAAGAGUACAGACCACGCCAAUGUUGAAUCUCUAGUCGAUCUUUUUGCUAAUUAUAACUUACAGUGGAAUAUAAUGACAAGGAACAAAUCUGGGAAUAUGGAAUCGUUCCAGAUCAGCCUGCAGUUCCUUAUUGGCGCGUCAAUCUCUGACACAGGUCGCCUGGCGUACUUGGCGUUAUACACAUGUCGAAGAGACUCUCGGCCCAACGAGACUCUGAAGUCAGUCAAGAGCCAUACUUGCAACUUGGAAACUAUCCUGACAGAUCAGGAUAUCGUUUACACGGCUUUUUUAAUGCUUUGACUCGAUCUUUCUCUUCAGUUCACAAAUUGAUCAUGGUAAAAUCCCCUUUUCGGUUACGGCUUUAUCUCGCUUUUUAGCCAUGACAUGUCAAGUCUGCUCAAGUUGUUGUGUAAAGUUAGGGUAACUUUGGCAGCGGUUUGACGCUGUCGAGUCACUACCUUGACAUGCAGGAGCUUCAGGCUUACGCAAGAGUGUAACAAUAGUUAAAUGAGCCUACUGAAUAAUGGCUGAAUUUGACCUGAGAUGGCAUGAGCACUAAACGAUGCAAUGCAGCAGUUAUCUUUUUAGAUUAAGAAGACUUUCAGAAGGCUUCUACUGAUAAUGUAUCUUGUAAAGAUAUCUUACUCCUUGUGCUAACUUAAAAUAUAAAUCUUAUUGCCUAUUUUCAGGUUUUGAUAACACAUGCGACUUGUCAGCAGUGUUAGGAAUGCUGGCCAACUCGUCUGUGUUUCAUACGCGCAUCCAAACAAAUGCUAAGGAUGUGCGCUCGAAAGUAAGAAAUGAGUGGGGACACUGUAACUUUGAUCACUGGAAUGAACCGGAUUUCAACUACAGUUUCCAACUCAUGGAGACAUUAAUUCGUUCUUUGGGGCUUCCAGUGGCUGAUGAAAAGAAAGUACUUGAUGAACUUCAGGAGUGGGAAACUAAGGGUCAGUAAUUUCAAUAACGAUAUGGUGGUGUGUAUGGGGCGUAUCAGGCCCUAACCAACACUUUUGGAUACCUCUCCCUGAGUGAGCGCCAGUCUUUCUUUAAGGUCUUUGUGAGCUGAUCUUCUUUACCGGCAUUUACCUUGUGGGGAUUUAUCUACUGUCUCGAUGGAAAGUGUGAAGUCCGUUGUUUUCCACCUUUCCUUCUCAUUUCUUUCUCUUCAUUAUAAAGGCGCCUUGGCUACCCAAGGUAAAAUAAUCAUAUCAUGGCUGACGUUGUAUCCAUUUAAAUUGUUUCUUGGCAGGUUUGCAAUUGUGUAUGGGUUGCCCAGUGGACAAGGAUUUGAUGAAACUUGUCAGUAUUGAGGUCAUCAACUUAGAACAAAACUUGGAGGCCAUAAAGAAAUCCAAUGCUGAUGAAGCCACGAAGAUACGAGAAGCUCUUCAAGACGCCAUAGAUGAAAUAGCGAAGUUUGAGAAACGUAUAGCCGUCAUGGAAAGUCGACUGGAGGAAGAGCUGCAGGCGAAAUCAGAAAAGAACAAAGAAUUCUCAUCAGCGAUUGAAGAUAUUUCUAACAAUAUAAAUAUAAUAGAGGAACGCCAAGAUACAAAUGAAAAAAACAUUUCUUUGUUGGAAGAAAGGCAAAAUGAGGUAGAAUCAGCUGUAGCCUCUUUAAAAGACGGAGAGAGUAACCUAAGCUCAAAGGUGGAGGUUUUAGAGUUCGGACAAACUCAGUUAGAUUCUCGGCUGAAAAAGUUAGAAGGUAAUUUUAACGCCGUAGUCGAUGCUAACAUUUUUCAACUGCCUAGUCGCAAUCGUUGCUUUUGUGGUCGCGAAAGUGAGCUAAAAGCAAUUGCAGCGCGAUUAAAAAAUACUACGAGGGGUUGUUCUGAAUCAGUAAUUUGCGGUCUCGGGGGUGUUGGAAAAACAUCUCUUGCUGUCGAGUUUCUCUGGCGACAGAAAGACAAGGAGGAAUAUCCCGGUGGUAUUUUUUGGAUUUCGGGCGAAAACAACAACCUUUUUCAGUUGUCUGUCAGCGAGAUGGCACGUCAAGUUGGAACUUUUGAUGACAAAGACUUUCCUAAUUCGCUUUCAAGAACCUUGGACUGGUUGACAAAGCGUGAGCAGCUGUGGUGUCUAGUGGUUGACAAUCUGGAUGAGUUAGAAAUGUCCAUUGAUAUGCGGAAGUUGCUUACUGGUCAUUGGAAACAGGCUGCACGUGGUCAUAUCAUCACAACCACAAGGAGAGAAGCAACCGAAAUCGAAGAAGAAACGGGAAUCGAAGAAAGCUCUUGUAUUGAGUUGAAAUGCUUUAAAAAGGAAGAAGGAGUUCAGUUCUUAAAAACAAGAAGUGGAACAGCCGGAGAAGACAACGAUUUUCGUAAGUUAGUUGGAGAGCUUGGCGGAUUGCCUUUAGCUCUUGAUCAAGCAGCUGCUUACAUCCGAUUCCUUCGCCAGCCUAUCAAAGAAUAUCUGAAGAAGUAUAGAAAACAAAAGAUGCUUCUCUUGAAGAAGAAGAAGGCUCGCAAUCUGGUGGAAAAUACAUCACCUGAGAGAUUGGCAGUUCACACAACAUGGUUGUUAAAUUUUGACCACGUCAAUCAAAUGUCAGAAAAGAUGGAUCUUGGAGAAACUCCCUCAAUCGUUAUGAAAAUGUCUGCCUACCUAGGUCCCGAUGAUAUUCCUUAUCAGGUGAUAAACGAAGGGCUCCACGUGGUGGAAACCCCUGGCCAGGAAGUAAGUGAUUGGUGGGAUGCAGUCGAAACAGUGUCCCUGCUUACGAAGUUUUCCCUUUUUCAAAGGCAUGGGACAGAUUCUUUCAGUGUUCAUCGUCUGGUUCAAGACGUUAUUCGAAGUGAGAUUGAAAAGGACAAAAUUGAAAAGCGUAUACUUUGCUACGCAGUGUGCGCACUCAACCAUGCAUUAAAAAACACGCGCUCGCCAGCGGAAAUCUGCCAAAGUUUCGUUGAAGAUGCUGUUUUCAGCGUUGAGAAUCCUCCUUCGUUACAAAAGUGGGGCAAGCUGGCUUCGCACUCGACCUAUUUGCAAGAGCAUUUGCUUAGCUACCUGGCGAAACAUGAACAUGAUGUCGAAAGUUUGCGUACUUUGCUCUACACUGAUGCAACUGUUCGUAUCUUUAACGAAGCAGCGAUAUUUUUUAGUGUUUCGCAGGAGAAAGUGAAAGCUCAGGCAAUGCAAAAAAAGAAACUAGAGUUGUUAGUGCACCUUGAAAAGCCAACCCCUGAGGAAGAUUGCAACUUGCCGCAUUAUUUUGUUGAUGUACCUUUAAAAGACAAGGACUACAAGGUGAUAACUUGUUGUAUGAGAAAUCCUCCCUCUGAAAAUGAGGCUGUGGCUGAAGAAAACGAAAGGAAGAAGGAAGCCGACCAACUCAGAGAAAAAGGAAACAAUGCAUUUAAAAAUGGCAAGCUCAAAGAAGCACUUGAUCUUUAUGCAAGAGCCAUUGAUUUGUGCCCUAAUGACCACCGCUCGUUUUGUAACAGGGCCCUCUGCCAUUUGAACCUGGGAAAACCAAGAAAUGCUCUGGAAGAUUGUCAAAAAUGCCUUGAUCUAAAACCUGGUUACAGCAAAGCACUUCAACGAAAGGCUUGGGCCCUGCGAGAACUUGUUGAAGGUGGAAAUAGUGAGCUCGAAGGGCAGAAACGUGCAGCUGUGGCCUGUGCCCUUCACUUCGAUCCCACUCUCCGCCAAGACGAAACGUUUUCCCGGAUGUUUCCCGAAGUGCUAGUUCUUCGUAUCAGAGAGAUAUACAAUGAAAAGCAGCUAGCGUUUGCUUUGAUGACGACUCGAAGAAACGAAACCUUGUUGUUACACGAAAGAGAGUACCAUCUUAGUGCCUUUGGAAUUGUAAAUGACCUUCAGAUUGUAGGUCUCGGACCCCACACUUACUUAAAUUGUGCAAAGAUUUGCCGAAUUAAUAACGCCAAAUGCUAUUUUGAAAAUAUUGUGUUUCCUAGAGGGAAUGUUGCUCUAAUCUGCCGUGGAAACAAUGGCGCUGUACACUUAAAUCAGUGUGAGAUUUCAGGAGGAGGGACAAGUUGUGAGGACUUUCCGGAAUGUAACGGAGGUCCAGGCUGUAUGGCGCCCUCUUUAGGGAAACUUGCUUGUGAUCGGACAGGAAGGUUUGGUCGUUCAGUGUCUGGCAUAGCUGGCUUUCCGGGAGUCGACAUUUCAGACGAGAGCUCUGGAUUGAUUGAAAACUGUGUAAUUUAUAGGUGUGGGGGUGGAGGUGCUCUUGUUUGUGGGAAAGGUUCUCGACUAUUGGUUAAAAACUGUAAAGUGUACAAGAACCACCAAUCUGGAUUAGAGGCAAGGGAAGGAGGAGAACUUGAAGCUCUUGGAAACAAGAUAUUCGAUAAUGGUAAUCACGGCAUUCUGAUUUGGAAGCUCUCUGGGAAAUGUGACAUCAACGACAAUAAGAUUUUUGAAAAUGCAAAGGUAGGCAUUUUUGUUGUCGACACAAAAGAGAAGAUAACCCUACGCAACAACAGUAUCCAUCACAACAGACCCUUUGGUAUUUCCCUUGAUCAUGACAUUUCUCAAGUUCUUAUUAGCAAAAAUGAGAUUUUCGAGAAUGGAUUCUGGGGUAUCCUCGCUAAAGGGCGAACAUCGGCAUUCAUAGUAGGAAACAAACUCACUGGUAACAAGUGUGGAGGAAUUAUUAUUGGUGUCAAUUAUUCUGGAAGGGUUCAUCUAGAGAGAAAUACUGUAAGAGAUCACAGUGGCCCUUGGCUUGAGUAUCAAUUCAAAAAUGGUGGCGCUACUAUUGAUGACAGUUUACCUGACGUCAAAGAGGCUGAUGCUCUUCCGGAGGGUGAAACGCAUUGUUAUUCAAAGCCUCCCAUUCUAAAAGAAAAUAAACAAUUUAACAAUGAGGAAGGCUUGUAUCAUCCCAGAGAGCUGGUUGAACGACUUAGCAAUGACUGCACUUAUUGUCAUCGUCAAAGACACAAAACAGUGCGGUUUAUGAAGUGCGCAGGAUGUCUCAUUGCAUCGUACUGCAGUAAGGAAUGCCAACGCAACCACAGACCUAAGCAUGAGACAUUAUGUUUCGCUCUUAAAACUCGUUAUGCUGUGGACGUUGACCGUAUUUCCCUUACUAUGUCAGAAUUUGUAGCAAUGCCGCGGAUGUUUGGCUCUCACUUGGUGGGAAUUGGAGAGGGUCCAAAACCAGAACCUAACAAGGAGUUCAUCGUCAAAAUUCAAACACAAACUCUAAACAGCCACCCAAUGCAGUUGCUAAGCCUUUACGACCAAAGUGUCACUAUAGAGUGUUUUAUACAAAGUCCAGAAAUCUUCAACGUGAUAAUGAACUGUGGCGUUCUUGGAGCUUUAAACAAGUUUACAAGUAAGAAAUGUUUUUUCUGGGCCAUGUUUACUGAGCCAGGAGGAAAACUGACAAUUUAUCUUGAUCAUUUGGCUCCUUAUCAGAAGUGGUAA